GGCCAAAGCACUUCUGCGAUGGGUAAUCCACGCUCGCAAUAGGACUGGAGGCGCGCGGAAAUUAGUAACUUUCAACGCACAAGAGAUACCUUUUAAAUCCAACGGAAGGAAAGCAAGAACAGACGCCACAAAUUUACACGUUCACGCGCACGCAUGCACACGCUCCCGCUCGCACGGGCAAUGUAAGGAAUGCGUGCAGAACACAAAGUUUUUGCCUGCCGGAGAUCAAAGGAGCAACAAGAGCCCCCUGAGUUAGGAGUUGGGUGCUGACAGUGGCAAUCACACCAUUACAGAGCUUUUUUCUAUAGAUUCCGUGGUUUUUUUUUCAGAGGGAUUUUUGCUUGUGAAUAUGCUUGAGAGGAAAGGGGACGAAUCCCUUGCAAGAUAUCCUCAGCCAUGAAUGAAUAAUUUCCAGAAGGAAAACUGGUGAAGAAAAAAACCGAGGUUAAUCAACUUGAUUCAACUUGCAUAUCUUUACUAUGCAGUUUACAUGGUUAAACUUGGAUCCUCUCAUGCUUAAAACCCCACUGUGACUGGUAAGAAGAGUGACUUUUGGGGCCUGCUGAACCUGAAGAUUGCUUGACAGAAGUUUCUGAAAAGGUUUUUGAGUCAUGAUGCAAGAAUCUGGAACUGAGACAAAAAGUAACGGUUCAGCCCUUCAGAAUGGAGCAAGCACUGUCAACUCCUUACUAGAUUGCACCCUACGUGAAGUAAGACCAAACGGAGAGACACCUUCGUUGGAAAUCGGUGCUGCGGAUCUUGCCCAUCUUCAGCAACAGCAGGCUCUUCAGGUAGCAAGACAACUUCUGUUACAGCAACAGCAGCAGCAACAACAACAACAACAGCAUCAACAACAGCAACAAGUUAGUGGGCUAAAGUCUCCCAAGAGGAAUGACAAACAGCCAGCCCUUCAGGUUCCAGUGUCGGUGGCUAUGAUGACACCUCAAGUUAUCACUCCCCAGCAAAUGCAGCAGAUCCUCCAGCAGCAAGUGCUAACUCCACAGCAACUUCAGGUCCUGCUCCAACAGCAGCAGGCACUCAUGCUUCAACAGCAGCAGCUUCAAGAGUUUUAUAAGAAACAGCAGGAACAGUUGCAGCUUCAACUUCUACAGCAACAACAUGCUGGAAAACAACCUAAAGAGCCGCAGCAGCAACAGGUGACUUCGCAACAGUUGGCCUUCCAGCAGCAGCUUCUGCAAAUGCAGCAAUUGCAACAGCAACACCUCUUGUCUUUGCAACGUCAAGGUUUGCUAUCAAUUCAGCCGGGCCAACCUGCUUUAUCAUUGCAGCCUCUUGCUCAAGGCAUGAUUCCAACCGAACUCCAACAACUCUGGAAAGAAGUGACAGGAUCUCACACAGCAGAGGAAGCAGCCAGCAACAACCAUAGCAGUCUGGAUCUGUCAACCACAUGUAUCUCCUCUUCAGCCUCUUCAAAGCCCUCAUUAAUAAUAAACCCACAUGCCUCAACCAAUGGACAGUUGUCAGUCCACACUCCUAAAAGGGAGAGUUUAUCUCAUGAAGAACCCUCUCACAGUCAUCCGCUUUAUGGGCACGGAGUAUGCAAAUGGCCGGGCUGCGAAGCAGUAUGUGAAGAUUUCCAGUCUUUUUUAAAACAUCUCAACAGUGAGCACGCGUUGGAUGAUAGAAGUACAGCCCAAUGUAGAGUACAGAUGCAAGUUGUACAACAGUUAGAGUUGCAGCUUGCAAAAGACAAGGACCGCCUGCAAGCAAUGAUGACACACCUGCAUGUGAAAUCGACUGAACCAAAAGCUACCCCUCAGCCUUUUUCCAAAUACUUGGGUGGCCAAGGAGGGAAUGACUACUUCAGGUUGCAUUACUGCAGGCUUAAAGGGACAACCAAAUACGAAUUUGGAGAAAAGGAAUUGAAUCUUGUCUCUAAUGUCACGCUUUCCAAGACCGCAUCAGAGGCUUCUCCACAGAGUUUACCUCAUACUCCCACCACCCCGACAGCACCCAUCACUCCUGUUACCCAGGGACCUUCUGUCAUCACUACUACCAGCAUGCACAACGUUGGACCCAUCCGAAGGCGGUACUCUGAUAAAUACAACGUGCCCAUCUCCUCAGCAGAUCUUGCGCAGAAUCAAGAAUUCUACAAGAAUGCAGAAGUCAGGCCGCCCUUUACAUAUGCCUCUUUAAUUAGGCAGGCAAUUCUUGAAUCUCCAGAAAAGCAACUAACACUAAAUGAAAUCUACAACUGGUUCACACGUAUGUUUGCCUACUUCAGACGCAAUGCAGCAACGUGGAAGGGUGCUAUUCGCACCAACCUCUCCCUGCAUAAGUGCUUUAUCAGAGUAGAGGAUGAGUUUGGGUCCUUUUGGACUGUUGAUGAUGAAGAGUUUAAACGUGGCCGUCAUAUUCAACGAGGCCGUCCUCGAAAAUUCUGCCCCGAUGAAAACUUUGGCGAGCUUGUUACACAAAACCCCUCACUUAUUAAAAACAUGCAGACCAGCCACACCUACUGCUCACCUCUCAAUGCUGCUUUACAGGCUUCAAUAGCUGAAAACAGUAUAUCUCUAUACACUACUGCUUCCAUGGGAACCCCCACUCUGGGCAGUUUAGCCAAUGCAAUGCGGGAAGAUCUUAAUGGUGCAAUGGAGCAUGCGAACAGCAAUGGGAGCGACAGCAGUCCAGGCCGUUCCCCUAUGCAAGCAAUACACCCUGUGCAUGUCAAAGAAGAGCCAUUAGAUCCAGAUGAAAAUGAAGGCCCACUCUCCUUAGUCACCACAGCCAAUCACAGUCCGGAAUUUGAUCACGACAGAGAUUAUGAAGAUGAACAUGUAAAUGAAGACAUUGAAUAAAAAAUGUCUGUGACUUUUCAUUCUACAAAUGAAGAUCCUGGGGAGGGACCAAAAAAACAAACAAACAAACCCUUUUAUCUUUCAGAAUUAGCUGUGAAAUCUCUCCCCGCCAUUGUACAGUCUGGAAGAUACACUUGGUCCAUUCUGACAGCUAUAAAAUAUGUUAACACUUAGUGCCAUCAAGUAUCCCAUUUGGGAGUAUUUUUGAUUUUUCUACUUUUUGUUGAAAAACAAAGCAAAGGAAUUUGUACUCUGUGCAUUGGAUGGACUUGUUUGGUACUCGGAAUUCCUACUCACAGUCAACAUCAGUGUUGUAAAUGUGUUCCACUAAUUCCCUUAUCCACAACUUGGCAGCAGACUUUGGACUGCAGAUCUUCCACUAUGGAACACUGAAGACAUGAAGCUGAGCAUGUACACAUCAAUUGCAGAUCAAGCCUUUACCCAGAUUUUAAGGAUUUCAGUGGACAAUAUAUUUGCACAGUAUCGCAUGUUGAUUAUCACUGCCUUUACUUUUUUUUUUUUUUUGCUUCCAUUUGGGAUGGGGAAAUCUUUUUGAGUGUGCGUGUGUGUGUGUGUGUGUGUAUACUAAAGGGUUAAAAGAAAAAAAGCCCUCUUUUUUAGUGUAUAGCUUUAUUUUUUUUUUCCUCCUAGUUCUCCUAUACCUUUUUAAGUUCUGACCUCAGGCCUCAAUUGGCCAGGGCCUUUUGAGGCUUAAUGUUUUCUGUACUUUUGUGAUGAAUGUUAAUAGGUGUGUUUAUUAUACAAAGCUGAAUGUUCUUUGAAUUGUUUGUAGUUCUUUUUCUGCCAUCCAUUCCAAAUUUCCUUCAGAUGCCAUUAUGUUUUCUUUAGCUAUGGAAAACAUUCCAUUUUGGACUAAAUGCCCCCCUCCCACACACACACACACACACACACACGACUCUAGAAAAAGUUCUAAAAUGCUGCUGUGACCUGUGCAAAGUUAUCUUACGACAGAAAGAAAGGCAGUAAUUCAAGAGUGAACAAACCAGCAUCAAAGCCGUAGAAUGUGGUUCUAAAGUCAUUCCACAGAGCAUCUAUGUUUGUGUGUGCAUGUGUGUUUAUGUACACAUGCACAUAAAACCAUUGUUUGUGGGUUCCCCCUCAAACCCACCCACCCCCAUUGGUUUUUCCUUAUUUGCAGCAAUUGUGAAUAUUUAGGGAGACAUUGAUAGCCCCUUCAGAAAGUGCACAUCCUACAGAUGUUGUCAAAAAGAAGUAUAAAUGUGUAAGGCUUUUGUGCGUUUAGCUUUUUAAAAUAAGUUCCUGGGCCAAUCAAAUCUUUCUGAAGUAUGUUAGCACAUGUACUAUUAGAUUCUUAUUUGCCCACAUGCCUCAUUGGAUAUUACUCGUGAUGGUUCUUCCAAGUUAAGUUGUUUGAGAUUUAAUUGGUGGCAUCCAUCAGUUUUAAGUUGUUGCGUUCAAUUCGUUGGGAAGGCAAUAAGGCCCAUUAGUUGUUAAGUGUUAGUAGUUUUGCCAUUGCAGAUAAGAUCAUUACACAAUAUCACACCAACCAGUAUAAAAAACAGUCUGAUGAAAUCUGUGGGUAAACCAGCUCUGAUGCCGACAACAGUCUUCUUCAGAGCAAGAGUGGGCAGACAGCUGCAGUUCCAAUGUUGGUACCCCUUGAUCACCAAACUUCUAGUGACUUCAUUCUCUAACCACUUUUCAGUAAUUCACUCAUUUAUGUCGGACUAUAGCUUUUAAUUUCAGAAGUCUUUCUGAUCUUAAUUUAUAUUCUACUUUGUACCCUUCUCCCCUAAAGUUACCAAAGAUAUUACACAAAGUAAAUUAUGUUCUCUGUUCUAUGCUUUAUCUUAUGAAAGCCAAAUAUCCUCUUAUUGUUGAUCAAAGGAGGUUAAAGAAUUACGAAGCAAAUGACAAAAUAAUGGGCUACAGCUAACCUGAGAAGGAAAACUGCUCCUUUAUUAAAUAUAAUUUAGAAGACCAA